GUAACACGUCACGGCCCAUUCAUCCAGCGCUCCAUCCCCGGGUCCUCCUCUCCCCACACCCACAUGCCGGCACAGCCAAUGCCCAGUGUCCCCUCCCAGGGCCGGCCGAUCAAGCUGUGCUAGCGGCUCUGGAGCUCAGUGCUGGGCCGGCUCAUUCUGGGGCAUAGACACCUACCGCUCACAUCCACCAGACUCCUAGAAGAAAUCACCAUCACUUCAACGUCCUUCACCCCGAGUUGCAGUUUCACCAUGUAUCAGAUAAAGAAGAUUUGCUGCAUUGGCGCAGGCUAUGUUGGGGGCCCGACAUGCAGUGUCAUCGCGCAGAUGUGCCCUGAUAUUAAAGUGACGGUAGUUGAUGUUAAUGAAGCUAGGAUUAAUGCAUGGAAUUCAGACACACUUCCUAUAUAUGAGCCAGGGUUAAAGGAAGUAGUAGAAUCCUGUCGGGGGAAGAAUCUAUUCUACUCUACUGAUAUUGACGGAGCAAUACAAGAUGCUGAUUUGGUGUUUAUCUCUGUUAACACACCCACAAAGACCUAUGGAAUGGGGAAAGGACGAGCUGCAGACUUGAAGUACAUUGAAGCAUGCGCAAGGCGGAUUGUCCAAAAUUCGAACGGUUACAAAAUUGUGACGGAGAAGAGCACCGUGCCGGUGCGGGCAGCUGAAAGUAUUCGCCGUAUAUUUGAUGCAAACACCAAACCUAAUCUCAACCUCCAGGUGCUGUCUAACCCAGAAUUCUUAGCAGAGGGAACCGCUAUCCGGGAUCUGAAGAAUCCUGACCGGGUGUUAAUAGGAGGAGAUGAGACUCCUGAGGGUCAAAAAGCAGUCAGGGCUCUCUGUGCCGUGUAUGAAACAUGGGUCCCCUCAGAAAAGAUCAUAACAACCAACACGUGGUCAUCAGAGCUGUCUAAACUGGCAGCCAAUGCCUUCCUUGCCCAGAGGAUAAGCAGCAUUAACUCCAUCAGUGCCCUUUGCGAAGCUACAGGAGCUGAUGUGGAGGAGGUUGCACGGGCUAUCGGAAUGGACCAGAGAAUUGGAAACAAAUUUCUUAAAGCUAGUGUUGGAUUCGGUGGCAGUUGCUUCCAGAAGGAUGUGUUGAACCUGGUCUAUUUGUGUGAAGUUUUAAACCUGCAUGAGGUGGCCAGAUACUGGCAACAGGUUAUUGAUAUGAAUGAUUAUCAAAGAAGAAGAUUUACUUCCCGGAUUAUUGAUUGCCUUUUUAACACUGUAGCAGACAAAAAAAUCGCCGUUCUCGGGUUUGCAUUUAAGAAAGACACUGGGGAUACACGAGAGUCCUCCAGUAUCUACAUUAGCAAAUAUCUGAUGGAUGAAGGAGCAAAACUUCACAUCUACGACCCCAAGGUUCCAAAGCAGCAGAUUAUUAUGGACCUGUCCCAGCCUGGGGUGUCUGCCGACACACGAGUGUCAGAACUGGUUCACAUUACUAGUGACCUAUAUGAGGCUUGUGAAGGGGCUCAUGCGAUCGUUAUCUGCACAGAGUGGGACAUGUUUAAGGAAUUGGAUUUCCAACGUAUUCACAAAAUGAUGCUGAAACCAGCGUUUAUUUUUGACGGAAGGCGUGUUCUUGAUGAUCUUCAUGGAGAACUACAAAACAUCGGCUUUCAGGUUGAAACAAUUGGAAAGAAAGUGGCUUCUAAAAGAAUCCCAUACACGCCCACAGCUGACAUUCCCAAGAUAACUCUUCAGGAUUUCCCUCAUAAAAAGCCCCGGGUAUAGGUUUUUAAUAAUGCUGUGAUCAUAGGUUGUAUCCCAAUCUCCCUGCACACCUGGUCAGCUGAUCUAUCUUCAUAUUCCAACCAGUAUGACUCUGGAAUAGAAAAUGCCACCAACGUUGAAAAACACUAAUCUGUACAGAAUAAUUUACUGGUAAUUUAUCCACUCAGCUCGCUACACAUCCCUGAUCUGAUUUUUUUUUUUUUUUCCCAUAUCAAAAUAAAAUGAAGAUUGAAAUUGGUGUCACCGAAUAACCCAAAUCCUCU